AUGGAAAAUAAUUCCACAACACCAUUGACAUUCAAUAACGACGAUCUAUUAGUUGUAUGUCUAAGUGAUAAUUCUCAAAAUCAAGUAAAUGAUCCUUUUAUUAACAUAUAUGAUGAUUUAAACAAUUUAACAAAUUAUUUCAAAUUAUUCCAUGAUAAGAAUGAAUAUAUUAACUAUAUAACAUCGAUCAAAUCAAAAGUACAUAUAUUUCUUAUUAUACUUUCUCCUGAUCUCUUUGUUCAUCCGGAUAUUCUUGGAUUUCCACAAAUUAGAUUUAUUUAUGUUCUUUAUAUCAAUGAAACUGAUCAUAAUCAUGAUCAUAUUCAUAAAUAUAUAAAAGAACGAAAUAUAUACGAUGAUAAAAAUUUACUUAUACGAAAAGUGAAAUAUGAUAUGAAACAAGUUUUAGAAGAUCUUUCAACACAUUUGACAUUUUACAAUAUUAAAGAGCGAUCUCUCAAAGAUUUAUCAAAAGAAAAUCAAUACUUUAUGUAUAUGCAUUUGUUUUAUGAAAUUCUAUUACGUGAUUCCAAACCAAAUGAAGCAAAAGAAGAAUUAAUUCAAGAAUGUCAACAGUCCUAUAAUGAUAAUAAAAAUCAAUUGGAAAAAAUUGAAGAGUUUCGACAAGAAGGUAUUUCAAAAGAAGCUAUUAAAUGGUAUACACGAGAUUGUUUUCUAUAUCGCCUUUUGAAUCAAGCAUUAAGAUGUCAAGAUUUUGAAAUGAUUUACAAAGGACGGGGGCGGAUAAGACGUCAAAUUUGCCCAUUUCUUAUUUCUGAAAAUCUAUAUAUAUAA